AUGGACAGCCCGAUGGAUGGGUCCGGCGGCUCGUCGUCCGCACCGGGGUCGACGCCGACGGCGACGGCAACGACGCCCGGCGCCGGUACGACUCUUAGCGUUGCAAUGCCUCGAGGGUCGAUUUCGGCCGCCUCGGUGGCUUCGUCGUCGACCAUCACGGCCGCGGCGACGGCUGGUGGGGGUGUAAGUACGCCUGGCGCCGCGAUUGCCAACACCGGGGCGGCUGUUGUCUCGCGGCGGUCUCACCCUAAAUCGAGGACGGGGUGCAGGACGUUCCCAACGCCACUCGUCGUCCUCGAUCCCGCGGUCCCCGGACAGCAUCCUUUCCUCCGGCGGCCCGACAACGGCCAUAGCUUCGGCGAUGGCCUCGGCGUCGGCGCCGGCGGCGGUGGCGGAGGUAUGAGCGACCUCUCGCUGAACCUCAUCGACCUGGAGCUCAUGCACAACUUCACGACAUUCGCCUUCAACACGCUCUCAACCGACCCCGUCGUGCGGCAGAUGUGGAAGGUGCCCGUCGUGAAGCUGGCGCUCGAGUGUGACUACGUGAUGCGCGCGCUGCUGAGCGUGUCGGCACUGCACCUUGCGCACAACCGGCCCGAAAGGCGGGAUUUCUUCAUCAGCCGCGCGUUAACAUACCAUCAGAUGGCCAGCCGGACGGCCAUGGGACUGAUGGGAGCGCUGGAUGGGGAGAACUGUGAAAAGCUAUACUUGUUUUCCGUGUUGACCAUUUUCUUUGCCCUCGCAUGCCCGCGCAAAUCCUCAGACUCUCUCAUCAUGGGCGAGUCCUCCUUCCCGGACUGGAUGUUCCUCCUUCGGGGCACAAAGUCCCUUCUCAAGCUGCUCCAACCACAGGCCUACACCGGCCCCUUGCUGCCCAUGUUCAACCAUGGCCGCGAGCGCUUCCUUCACUCGCGCGACGAGUCCAGAGCCCAACCGGAGCUGCUGGCGGACCUGCAGCGGCUCGUGAAUAAGACGUGCGCCGAUCCGGUCCUGCUGCCGAUCUACAACCGUGCCAUUGACGAGCUACGGCGGACGCUGUCUGUGUUCCUGUGGGACGGCGGGCGGGGGAUGGACAUUACGGACGCUUUUCUGUGGAAGUAUCUCAUGGCGGAGGACUUCCUGCCACUGCUCAAGGUCCCGGGGGCGACGCAGGAGGCCGUGGCGAUCUUUUCGCAUUUCUGUAUACUGCUCAAGAGGCUGGAGAACGAGUGGUGGCUACAGGGGUGGGCUACGCAUCUCAUCAGCCGGGCGUGGUCGCUGCUGGAUCAAGACCACCGGCUCUGGAUCCAGUGGCCUAUCGAGGAGCUGGGGUGGGUGCCCCCCUGA